GCGUCUGGGCAGGGGCGGGGUAGGGAGGCUGCGGUUCUUAGACGUCGAGGUGCGUUCCCCUCGCUGCGGCGCCGCACCACGACGCCCGGGGGCAGUGCGCGCGUUCAGGCCUCGGCCGUCUCUGUCUCUCUUUUCCUCGCCUCAGUUCGGUCUCCUUCGAAGGUUCGGACAGCUGAGACGCGGCUGAGGAGCUCGGGAAAGUGGUGAUGGAGGGGAAGCCACGGAGGAGGUCGCGGGGCGGCGCACGCCCGGUGACCGGGCGAGUCCCCGCGUCCCGGCCCUCCGCGACACUGCCCGCGGAGUCUUGGGGAGCGAAGUUCUGGCUCUUCCCCAGCGCCCCCGGGCUCCGCAGCGCGCUAUCCCGGAGGCCCGAGGCGACACGCCAGAUGUGCUGCACGCGCCGGCGCCUGGCGGUGCUGGAGCGCGGCGGGACGGGCGUCGAGGUCCACCAGCUGCCGGCGGAGAGCGACGGCGCCAGGAAGCCGAAGUGCAUUAAGUUAGGGAAAAAAAUGAAGAUACAUUCCAUGGACCAAGGAGAAGAGCACAUGCUGGUUCUAUCCUCAGAUGGAAAACCAUUUGAGUACAAGUAUAGCGUAGAACAUGCAAGGUUUCAGUGCAUUUUACAAGAAAAAACUAUAAUUCAGAUCACAUGUGGAGAUUAUCAUUCUCUUGCACUCUCAAAAGGUGGUGAGCUUUUUGCUUGGGGACAGAACUUAGAUGGCCAGCUUGGAGUUGGAAGAAUAUUUGCCUCAACUUCCACACCAGAGAUUGUGGAGAACCUCUCAGGAGUCCCCUUGGUUCAGAUUUCUGCAGGAGAAGCCCACAGCAUGGCCUUAUCCAUGUCCGGAAAUGUUUACUCUUGGGGAAGAAAUGAUUGUGGACAGCUGGGCCUGGGCCACACCUACAAUAAAGAUUCUCCUUCCUGUAUUGAAGCACUGGAUGAUCAGAAGGUUGAAUUUCUUGCUUGUGGUGGCUCUCACACUGCCUUGCUCACAAAGAGUGGACUGGUGUUUACUUUUGGUGAUGGAAAGUACGGGCAACUCGGUCACAAUUCAACACAGAAUGAGUUAAGACCCUGUUUGGUAACUGAGCUUGUUGGAAAUAGAGUGACCCAGAUAGCAUGUGGAAGGCAGCACACACUUGCCUAUGUUUCUGAUAUGGGAAAGGUCUUUUCUUUUGGUUCUGGAAAAGAAGGACAACUGGGAAACGGCGGAACGUGUAAUCAGCUGGCACCACGUCCCAUGAAAUUGCCAUCAGGUGAAGAACGCAAAUCUGAAAGCAGCACCUCAGUAAAGGAGUUAAUAAUGGUUGCUGGAGGGAAUCAAAGCAUUUUGAUUUGGAUGGAAAAAGAGAAUUCCUAUGUGAAUCUGAGGAGGAAAAUUCCUACCUUGAAUGAAGGCACUGUAAAGAGAUGGAUUGCUGAUGUGGGGACUAAGCAGUGGCAAAAUACAAAAAGGGAAAUAAGAGAGAUAUUUUCAUCUCCUGCGUGUCUGACUGGAAGUUUUUUAAGGGAAAGAACAGAUGGAGAAAUGAUAUCUAUUCAUUUGGACUUAAAUACAGCAAGGAACACCUUUAAGGAAUUAACCCAAAAGGACUGGAUUACUAAAACGAUAACGUCAUGUCUCAGGGAUAAUCUGCUCAAAAAUCUUCCAUUUCAUUCUCCACACCAAGAAGCGUUAGAAGUUUUCUUCCUUCUCCCAGAAUGUCCUGUGAUGCAUGAUAGUAGCAACUGGGAGAGCCUGGUGGUUCCAUUUGCAGAGGCUGUUUGUAAAAUGAAUGACCAGAUGUCAGGGGUUCUGGAGGAAUAUUGGGCAUCUCUGAAAGAAUCUGCUUUCAUCAAUCUGGUCCAGAUGUUUAAAAGAGCCAUUGUUGCUCAACUGCAUUCUUGGACUGAAAGUUCUGAGAAUAACUGUCACAUUAAAGCUCUCCUAGAAAUGUUGAAAAAGCUGUAUAGGGUAAACAAGACUAAAUGUCAACUACCUGAAAAUAUCUUUGAAAUAAAUGAACUCGCACAGCGGCUUGAUUUUUAUGUAGAUGCAUAUAGAAGGUCCUCCUGGAAAGUGAACUCAGACAUUUCAGUAGACGUCCAGUAUCCUGUCAUAUUCAGUCGUUUUCCAUUUAUCUUUAAUAUUCUGUCAAAAAUAAAACUACUGUAUGCAGACUCACUUUUAAAAAUACAGGAGAAGAAAUUUCGAGCUUGUAUGAGGUUGGCUGGCAUUGUGGACCAAGAAGGGUCUGCCUUAUCUUUACUGCCCACCUUUAAUCUGAUAGUCAGAAGGAGUCACUUGAUUGAGGAUGUUUUUGAUCAGCUAAAUCAAUUUGAAAAUGAAGAUCUGAGGAGGGAGUUGAUGGUUUCAUUUAGUGGAGAAAUUGGAUAUGAUUUUGGAGGAGUCAGGGCAGAGUUUUUCUACUGUCUCUUUCAAGAAAUGACCCGGCCAGAAUAUGGAAUGUUCACAUAUCCUGAAGAGGCUUCCUACAUGUGGUUUCCUGUCAGGCCUAAAUUUGAAAAGAAGAGUUAUUUCUUCUUUGGGCUUCUGUGUGGACUUUCUCUAUUCAAUUGUAAUGUUGCCGACAUCCCUUUUCCACUGGCUUUGUUUAAGAAACUUUUGGACCAAACACCAUCACUAGAAGACUUGAAAGAACUCAGUCCUGUUUUGGGAAAGAAUUUGCAGACACUUCUGGAUGAUGACGGCGAUGACUUAGAAGAAGUAUUUCACAUCCAUUUUAAUGUGCAUUGGGAUGAAAAUGAUGUAGACUUAAUUCCUGAUGGAAGUCAGAUAGUUGUUGACCAGGCUAACAAGAGAGACUAUGUUUCUAAGUAUGUCAAUUACAUCUUCAACAUCUCUGUAAAGGCAGUUUAUGAGGAGUUCCAAAGAGGAUUUUACAAAGUGUGUGACAAGGAGAUUAUUGAAUUUUUCCAUCCCGAAGAACUCAAGGACGUGAUUAUCGGAAAUACAGAUUACGACUGGGAAACAUUUGAAAAGAAUGCACAUUAUGAACAUGGAUACGACAGUUCACAUCCCACCAUAGUGAUGUUUUGGAAAGCUUUACACAAAUUGACUUUGGAGGAAAAGAAAAAGUUCCUUGUAUUUCUUACAGGAACUGACAGAAUUCAAAUAAAAGGUUUAAAGAACAUGAAAAUAACAUUUUGCUGUCCUGAAAAUUUGAAUGAAAAAGAUCCCAUACGAGCACAGACAUGUUUUAGCGUCCUCUACCUCCCUAAAUAUUCUACAAUGGAAAGAGUAGAAGAAGCACUCCAGACAGCCAUCAACAACAACAGAGGGUUUGGCUGAGCUACCUACCUCACACUCUUCACCCCUUUUGGGAAAUGUUUUCAAAAAUAAAAUUAACUUAAAAAUUAACAUAAAAAUCUUGCUGACUGUUCACUGUGUUUACCUGCUUUUUUAGAAUUCCUAUUUUUGCUUGUAAAAUGUAUUGGCAAUGAUAUAGAUUAGGCUGUUAAAACAAGUGCAUUGAGAAACACAGUACAUUGAGACAGAAGGGUUUUUUCUCAUAAAUGUCUGGGUAGUUUGUCCAGGGCUUAAGUGGUUCUUAUCCCUGUCAAACUGCUCUAGUUACCUAGAUGACUUUCUUGUUGCAAAUUUCAAUGGAAACUUGCACAUUUCUAUCUUAAAUAUAUGUAUUGCAUUUGAAACUAUUGACUCCUUUCUCCUCAAAACUCUUAAUGAACUGCUAGGCUUUCUUUUUCGUGGCUGCUUUCCCAUUUCUUUUGCAUGCUUCUCUUAUACUUCUUGACCUUAAGUGCUCAUCUAGUCAUCUUUUCUCACUCUACACAUAUUCCUUCUUAUUGCUGUGGCAUCAGUUAUUUCCAUGCUGAUGAUACCCAGAUCUCUCUCUGUCCGACAGGAACUGACAAUACAGCACCACAGCCAUUUUUCCUACGUAGCCUGUGUCUACCUGCAUACUUCUCAGCUCCUUCAGCUCAACAUUUAAGAAUAUGAUCAUUUUUCCUGUAUUCUGCAGCUUAAAAUGGUACCACUAACACCUCCUUCAACCAUCUUUCCUUCCUCCAAUUCAUCCCCACAUUUAAAAAAAUCAGGUUUUGACAAUUCUUGUUCAUCUUCCUCUAUGCCCACUGCCAGUGCUUUAGUUUAGGCUCUUAUCAUCUCCUGUCCCAUCACUGCAGUCCUCUCUCAGCUGACCUCUUUGUAUCUAGACCAACACUGUAAGGCUGGAAACCUAGGUGGGCUUCCCAGGUGGUGCUAGUGGUAAAGACGCUGCCUGCCAAUGCAGAAAACUAAGGAGAGACGGGUUUGAUCCCUGGGUCGGGAAGAUGGCCCUGGAAGAGGGCAUGGCAACCCACUCCAGUAUCUUGCCUGGAGAAUCCUAUGGAUGGAAGAGCCUGGCAGGCUACAGUUCAUAGGGUCGCAAAGAGACACAGCUGUAGCCACUUAGCACACACGCAGAAACCUAAGUAGAUCUGUACUGUUGAAGAAGAUGGACUCCCUGCUGUAGAUGAGGUUUAGUUGUUGAAUGUUGAAGAGAGAAAACUUUCAUUGGUAGUAAUGGGAGAAACAGUGUUGAGCUAUGCUGUCCAGUAAUUUGUAGCUACUUAACUGAGAUUUAAAAUUCAAUUCCUUAGUCAUACUAGCCACAUUUCCAGUGCUCAGUGUCUACAUGUGACUGGUGGCUACAGUAUUAGUGCAAAUGUGAGCACUUGCCACAUUAGGGGUCCAUAACACACAAAACCCCUGAAAAUUUGCAUGACCUUUUUUUUUUCUUUUUCUAGGAAGUGUUUAUCAGCUGCAUAUAGCAAAACAACUUUAAAAUCAAGCAAUAAUGUCCAAUUUUAUUAACACGGUUAUUCUAGUUUGAAAAUCCAACCUGAUGUGCCUCGGUCUCCCACCACGGCCUUGCAUAUAUAGUGUACCAUGUUCUAGUCAUUUGUGACGAGCUCAGUUUCCUCAACAUGGUUUUUCUUCCAC